AGGUACAUAAACUUCUCUUAUCAAUAUGUUCCACAUUUCCAGCUAAAUGAUUUAUUAAACAGAGGGAUUAAGUGUGGUCAGUGAAUUAAACUGAUUACUUCAGGUCAGCCUGGGAAAAUUUUCAAUACUCCUAAGUAAAAGUCCCUAUAAUUUAUGCCUAUUUUACAAGAGCAAACUGGUCAAACUACCAACAGCAUUUGUUAGAUGGGUCCUUUGAUUUUUUUUUUUUUUUAUUCGACCAGUUGUGUGAGCUGGAAACCUGAACUUUACCAAGAUCAUACUUUCUUACUUAGAAAUGUAAUUUAAAAAAUAUUAUCACUUAGAGCAAACUUCAAAAGACCAUGAAAGAGUAAUCCUUUGGCAUUCUACAGCACUUUACUAUAUUGACUGCUCUAUAAAGAUUACAGAAUUGAUGACCCAUGACCCCUCCCCCCCCCCAAAAAAAAAGAAGAGAAAAAGAAAAACCACCAAUCUCUAUUCCCUAAGUGCAUAUCAAAGGCUGAAUGAAGUUGGGCAUUCGGUACUCGGAUGUCCAUGCCAAUUUUAGUCUGUGAUUUGUGUAUUCAUUUCAUUUGAAAAUGAUCGGGUCUUUCAUCUCUCAGUGUAUGCUUCUCUUUACCCUGCCUGUAGCCAGUUCUCUGGAACAGUUUUAUAUUAAAAAAAAUACAAAAGUGUUGGACAGAUACUCUUCCUGUACCUAUCAAUGGCUAUGUUCAGAACUAUGCUGUAGCAAAAAUAUACCGUUGAUAACAGCAGAGGGACAUAAACUUUUUUUUCAACAAAAAUGUUGAUAUAUCACAAAAUAAGACCCAACAUGAUAGAUUAUUUAUGUGUCUAAAUAGCUCACAUAGUGGGGUUUUCCCAAAAAAAAUACCAUAAGUGAUAGCGGUUAAUUGUGUGGGAAGUUUAAUUUUAAAAAUCUUAAGUCUGUUAACUUCUGUUUUUACACACCAAUGUCUGCAAGCAAGUGGCUGCGCAUAAACCCUGUAUUCUCCACACUGUGCCUUAUUUAGCCUAUUCUAUGAAACAGUAAAUUAAGGAUGCCAGAAAAUAAAGGUUUAUAAAGAUAUAUUACAAUCUACUACGAAACACAAGAAAACCACAUACUUUUGGGUAGGACAGUCUCUUAAUUCAGAGGUUAAUUAACAGUCUAGAUUUGUGCCUAUUAUUACACUAUUAUUGCAUUGAAAAGGCAUAGUUCAGUCAAAUCAUGUAAGUCUUUGGUUGAGGAAUUUACUACUUUUCCAUAAAAGGCAACAUAAUUAAAGCAUUAGGAAUGAGUUAACAGGGGGUUUUAUUCCUGGAUCACAAUCAACCUGCCCUAUGACCCUACAUGAGUCACAUUUGGCCACUCUUGCAGAAAUCAAAACUGCUGGAAGUCAGGACGUUACUCUCUAUGUACCAGUCUCUCCUGUCAAAUGGGGACAGCACCCCUCCCCUUCAGUAAAGCGCGUCAAGAUCUGGAUUACAAGUGGUAGCGCGUUGCCCCCUAGUGGCAGCCCUGGGGCACAAUAACAGCCUCCUACUGCUCCGGGCCGAAGGAAGGGAGGUGAGCUCAGGAGCCAAUCGGUCGGGCCUGCGGUGUGAGUGCUGAGAGUCCCAGGUGGGAUCCCUGCUGUAGGUGGCCCCUAGGCAGCUUCCCGGCUACCAUAGUAGGUACCAGCCAGCACCAGACUAAGGCAUUAUCGUUACUAAGCGAGCCUGACCCGGCCCGGCCCGGCCCGGCCCCGCCCCCCCGGGAUGGGCGCUCGGGACCGGCGGGUUUACCGGCCAGAGGCUGGAGUCAGGACAGGCAGCAGCUCCCCACCCCUUCCCCCGCGUGGCGGCUCAUUCUGCGGGGCAGGCGGGAGAAGGGCGGUCAGCCAGGCACAGGCCCUAUCUGCGGCACGUUGUUCCCCUCACCCCCACUAACGUGGUGGGGCUGAGGUUCAGCCCUGCUCCGAGCCUGGCCCCAAUUUACAAGUUACGCGGCCCCCCAUAGAAACUGCGAUUCCCAGCAUGCAUUGCGGCCCGCCAGGGAAGGUAGACGAGAAGCAUUGCCCCCUGGAACCUGCAGUCUCCUCUGCUCAGGCCCAGCCCUUGCUCACAGAAUAAUUUGAAUGAGGACGUAAAGCGACACGCUCACCAGUCGGGAGAAGACGUCAUUUCCGCGUCCGACAGAACAGCCGCCGUGAUAGGUCUAGCGCAGGGUAGCACCACCCCGGUAGUUCCAAGCUCCAGCAUUUCCGCUUCCGCCUGGCCUGUUGCCGUGGCAGCGAGGAUGGGGGAGGAGACGUCGUCUGGCCGGCAGUCGCAGGUACUUCCGUUUCCGGCGGGCCGGUUGCCUUGGUAGCGGUGGGAGGGGGACGCGCUGGGUCUGGUAGUCGCGGCUAUGGCCGGGGCAGCUCCGAUCGCGGACGGGGAAUUCACGGCGGCCAUUUAUGGGCUGAUUCGGGCCGGGCGGUUCGCGGAGGCAGUGGGGAUCUUGGGCAGCGAGCUGCAGAGUAGCUGCCGCUCCCGGGCCGGCCUCUCGCUGCUCGGCUACUGCUACUACCAGCUGCAAGACUUCGCGGCGGCGGCCGAGUGCUACGAGCAGCUGGGGGCGCUGCACCCGGAGCUGGAGGAGUACCGGCUCUACCAGGCCCAGUCCCUCUACAAGGCCGGGCUCUACGCCGAGGCACUGCGGGUCGCCAGCCCCCUGCUCGACGCGCCCGCUUACCAGGGACGCGCCCUUCGCCUGCAGGCUGCUGCCCACUACGCGCAGGGUGACCUCUCCGCAGCCAAGAGCUUGGUGGAGCAGGUGCUGGUCUCUGCUGCCGAGAGCAGCGCUGGAGCCGCUGAAGACCCCUCAGAGCUGCCAGAUGCUGAGGUCAACCUAGGCUGCCUGUUGUACCGGGAAGGGCGACACGAGGAGGCCUGCGGCAAAUUUGCAGGGGCCAUGCAGGUGCUGGGUUACUGCCCUGAGCUAUCCUACAACAUGGCGCUAUGCUGCUAUGCGGCCAAGCAAUAUGCACCUGCCCUCAAACACAUCUCUGAUAUCAUUGAGCGUGGCAUCCACCAGCACCCCGAGCUCAGUGUGGGCAUGACCACCGAGGGCAUCGACGUCCGCAGCGUGGGCAAUACAUUGCUCCUGCACCGCACUGCCCUGGUAGAGGCCUUCAAUCUCAAAGCUGCCAUCGAGUACCAGCUACGCAAUUUGGAAGCAGCCCAGGAGGCACUCACAGACAUGCCACCAAGAGCCGAGGAAGAGCUGGACCCUGUCACCCUGCACAACCAAGCGUUGAUGAACAUGGAUAGCCGGCCCACUGAAGGGUUUGAGAAACUGCAGUUCCUUCUGCAACAGAACCCCUGCCCACCAGAGACCUUUGGGAACUUGCUGCUGCUGUACUGUAAACAUCAAUACUAUGACCUGGCUGCCGAUGUGUUGGCAGAGAAUGCCCAUCUGACCUACAAGCUGCUCUCACCUUAUCUUUACAACUUCCUGGAUGCCAUGAUUACAUGUCAAACUGCACCUGAGGAGGCCUUCCACAAGCUAGAUGAGCUGGCAGGAACAAUGACUGAACAGCUGAGAAAGCUCACUAAGCAGGUGCAGGAAGCCAGGCAAAACCGGGAUGAUGAGGCUGUCAAGAAGGCAGUUAAUGAAUAUGAUGAGACUCUGGAGAAAUAUGUGCCCGUCUUGAUGGCCCAGGCCAAGAUAUAUUGGGACAUGGAGAAUUACACUAUGGUGGAGAAGAUCUUUCGCAAGUCAGUGGAGUUCUGCAAUGAACACGAGGUGUGGAAGCUGAAUGUGGCUCAUGUGCUUUUCAUGCAGGAGAACAAAUACAAAGAGGCCAUAGGCUUCUAUGAGCCCAUUGUCAAGAAGCACUAUGAUAACAUCCUGCAAGUCAGUGCCAUUGUGCUGGCCAACCUUUGUGUCUCCUACAUCAUGACCAGUCAGAAUGAAGAGGCAGAGGAGCUGAUGAGGAAGAUUGAGAAGGAAGAAGAGCAGCUCUCCUAUGAUGACCCAGAUAAAAAGAUCUAUCACCUCUGCAUCGUUAACCUAGUGAUCGGCACACUCUAUUGUGCCAAAGGAAACUAUGACUUUGGCAUCUCAAGGGUAAUUAAAAGUUUGGAGCCUUAUAACAAAAAGUUAGGCACAGAUACUUGGUAUUAUGCUAAAAGAUGCUUCCUGUCUUUGCUAGAGAACAUGUCCAAGCACAUGAUCAUGCUGCGUGACAGUGUUAUCCAAGAGUGUGUGCAUUUUCUAGAGCAGUGUGAACUAUAUGGCAGGAACAUCCCCGCUGUUAUUGAGCAACCCCUUGAAGAAGAGAGGAUGCACAGUGGGAAGAACACAGUUACAUAUGAAGCCAGGCAAUUGAGGGCACUGAUAUAUGAGGUCAUUGGGUGGAAUAUGUAAAUGCUGUGGCAUUCCCAUUCAGGAUGGAGAUGGACUAUAAUUCUUUGUUUUAUUUUCACUUUUGUUGAUGUUGACUCUGGCUAUCCAAAGUAGUGAAUUUCCUCUUUGAUGUAUUAUAUUUCAAUAUAUUUGUUCUACUGUUUUGUUGUAUUUAAUGGAAGAUGGUGUGCUAACACAAAAUUAACAUGUUUAAUGACUAACGAUAUCCUCAUGCAUCAGCGAUAUUUUAUUGUUUGUUUUUUUUAAGAUAACUAUCACCACAAACCUUAUUACAGAAAUGUUGUGGAGGUUCUUUUGUGUAUAUGGUUUUAUUAAUAUGAAGCUACAUUAACUAGCUUUUAUAAUCUGUAUGUUGACACUUUGAAAUAAUUUCUGUUCCUUCUAUCAGUUUUAUGACUAGACUUUAAUGGAAAUCUGGUAUAAAGCCAUUUCUUUAAUUUAUGGUUAUUUCCCUCUUUUGGGAAAUGCUUUCUUUCUGUUUGAUUUUCCUACUGCACUUUUCAUAUAUUUUAUAUUAUAGUGGUUGUAUUUCCUAAUACAAACUUAGUUUUUAUAAUAAAA